AUGAAAUUCCAACACGUCGCACCGGUGUGCCUUGCGGGCUGUGCCCUGGCCUUGCCGACUCCGGUCGAGAAGAGACAGGAUCUCUCCGACCUCCUUCCGUUCCCUAUCCCAAGCAAUCUAAUUCCGACUGGCCUUUCCCUUCCGUCUGGCCUCUCCCUCCCAUCCGGUCUCUCCCUCCCCUCAGGCCUCCCCAGCUUCUCUCUGCCUACGGAUCUGUCCGACCUAGGCUUGAAGCGCCGGGACGUGCCUUUCUCUCUGCCCUCUGGUGCUGCACUCCCUACAGACUCCCAGGGACUGUCUCAGCUCCUGCCAUCUGGACUUCCCGACCUGUCCGGCCUUGGCAUCACCCUUCCCACCGGGCUUCCAUUCGAGAAGCGCCAAUUCGGCGGUGGUGGGGCCCCUGGAGGCGGAUCCUCUGGUGGUCCAUCCUUCGGCGGUGGCUCUGGAGGCCCGUCCCUCGGCGGUGGUGGAGACUCUGGCUCAUCCUCCAGUCCCUUCGGAGGCCUAUCCGGCUUGGGUGGCGGUGACUCCUCUUCUUCCGACUCCUCCAGCCCCUUCGGAGGCCUACCCGGCCUUGGUGGUAGUGGCUCUUCCUCCUCCCAGUCCGGCGGCUCUCCCUCACCCUCCAGCGGCUCAUCCUCCUCCGGCGGAAUCCCCGACUUCCUCAACGGCCUCGGAGGCUCUUCCAGCGAUCCUUCGAGCUCUGCUCAGCCCUCCAGCGGCAGCACUCUUGGCGGUCUCUCCGGUAUCUUUGGCGGGCUCGGAGGCGACUCUUCCCAGUCUUCCAGCAGCCCCUCUAGCUCCUCUCAACCCUCCAGCAGCGACCCGUUCGGCGGUCUCUCUGGUAUCCUAGGCGGGCUCGGUGGCGAUUCCUCCCAGUCUUCCAGCGGCCCAUCCAGCUCCUCCCAGCCCUCCAGCAGCGACCCCUUCGGUGGACUCUCCGGCAUCUUGGGCUCUCUCGGGGGCGGCUCCAGCUCCUCCUCGUCCACGGGUGACUCUUCCAGUCCCUCUCAACCCUCCGGCGGCGCUGCCCCUCCCAGCCAACCCUCCGGCGGCUUCCCUAACCCCUUCGGUGGCUCCUCUUCCUCUGACUCCUCCGCCCCGGCUCAACCCAGCGGCGACGCCCCCAAGCCCGAAGCAAGCGGCAGUGCCCCCCAGCCCAGCGCUGCCUUCCCCAGCAUCAGCAUCCCCGAGCCUACCGGCGGCAGCAGCAGCAGCAGCAGCUCUUCCGACUCCAGCGACAGCGACUCUUCUUCCUCUGCGUCGGACUCCGAGCCCUCUCUCAGCCUUCCGACUCCGUUGGCGUUCUCGCCCGGUGGUCUGAAUCUCCCGGCUCCUUCGUCUAGCUCUGCUAUUCCUACUAGCUCGGCUGUUCCUACUAAUGCGGCUGUGCCGACUGCGCCGUCUUCGUUUAAGCAGUUCUUUGCUUAG